AUUUUAGAAUGUGCAAGAUCGGGGCCUCAGGGGUUAUAAAAGCAAGCUGCAUGAUCGACCGCAUUACUUUCCUCUAGACUCAUUGCGCAGUUACUGACGAGGACUUCUAUUUGAGGAUUACCUAGCUUUUCUCAUCGACAGCUUUAGUUUAAACCAUGAGGGAAUGUAUCAGUGUUCACGUCGGUCAGGCAGGAGUCCAGAUGGGCAAUGCCUGCUGGGAGUUGUACUGUCUGGAACAUGGAAUCCAGCCGGACGGUCAGAUGCCCAGUGACAAGACCAUUGGAGGAGGGGACGACUCUUUCAACACCUUCUUUAGUGAGACUGGGGCAGGCAAGCACGUACCCAGGGCUGUAUUUAUUGACCUAGAGCCAACCGUUGUAGAUGAAGUACGCACCGGCACUUACCGCCAACUCUUCCACCCAGAACAGUUGAUCACGGGGAAGGAAGAUGCAGCAAACAACUAUGCCCGUGGACACUACACCAUCGGGAAGGAGAUCGUGGACUUGGUCCUGGACAGAAUCCGUAAGUUGGCUGACCAGUGCACAGGACUUCAGGGAUUCCUUAUCUUCCACAGUUUUGGUGGAGGAACUGGAUCUGGAUUCACAUCUCUACUCAUGGAACGUCUCAGCGUGGACUAUGGGAAGAAAUCCAAACUGGAGUUUGCAAUCUAUCCGGCUCCCCAAGUGUCCACUGCAGUAGUAGAGCCAUACAACUCCAUUUUGACAACCCAUACCACUCUGGAGCACUCGGACUGCGCCUUCAUGGUGGACAAUGAAGCCAUUUACGAUAUCUGUCGCCGCAACUUGGACAUUGAGCGCCCAACCUACACUAACCUGAACCGUCUGAUUGGUCAGAUAGUGAGCUCCAUCACUGCUUCUCUCCGUUUUGACGGUGCCCUCAACGUGGACUUGACCGAGUUCCAGACCAACUUGGUGCCCUACCCUCGUAUCCACUUCCCACUUGCCACCUAUGCCCCUGUUAUCUCUGCAGAAAAGGCUUACCAUGAACAACUGACAGUAGCAGAUAUCACAAAUUCCUGCUUUGAACCAGCCAAUCAAAUGGUGAAGUGUGACCCUCGUCACGGUAAGUACAUGGCUUGCUGCAUGUUGUACAGAGGAGAUGUUGUUCCCAAGGACGUCAAUGCUGCCAUUGCCACCAUCAAGACCAAGCGUACUAUCCAGUUUGUGGACUGGUGUCCCACUGGUUUCAAGGUGGGCAUCAACUAUCAGCCACCCACCGUGGUUCCUGGUGGUGACUUGGCCAAGGUCCAGCGUGCUUUGUGCAUGUUGAGCAACACCACCGCCAUCGCCGAGGCCUGGGCUCGUCUUGAUCACAAGUUUGACCUGAUGUACGCCAAGCGAGCCUUCGUCCACUGGUACGUGGGAGAGGGUAUGGAGGAAGGUGAAUUCUCCGAGGCCCGUGAAGAUCUGGCUGCCCUGGAAAAGGACUACGAGGAAGUGGGCGUCGACUCCGUGGAGGGAGAAGGGGAAGAGGAAGGAGAAGAGUAUUAAGUUAUGCUUUUCUGAUGAGAUUAACAUUGCUUGUAGCGGGUAGUGUUUUAAUUUAAAAGAUGUCAAAAAUAUUGAAAUAAAAAUCUAAGGAAAGCCAAUACGUUUUUUAGAGCGAGAGUAUUCACACUGGGAAAAAUGAAAAUUAUAUAAGGAAAACAUAAAGGAAUUUUCGUGAAUUUUCAUAUUGAUAAUGUGACUAUGAUAGAGAUCAAGUUGUACAAUUGUAUAUAUCAUAGCAUCUUUAUACAUCUAAGAGAAACAGCUUGGUGCUGCUUUUUUUAAAUAUAAUUAUGCUGUUUUUCGUUAGUCAUUCUGUGAAAAGAUAUGUUGAAUUGUUGUUACUUUGAUUUCCGUCCAUCAUAUUGUUUUAAGAUUUGUUUUUGUUGUAAGACUUUGUCAAACAAUAAAGAUCACUUUUUAAAAUCUUUGGAAA